AACAAAUUCAGUCGGCAACGUGAUGGACAACAAUAAACACGCUGUUAAGAGCAUUUUUCAUAAGCCCGCUUUUCGCAUUGGAAUUGUUGUGCUUGUCGUACAUGCUGUCUGUUGGUACGGAUGGAAUGCCACUAAUAGUGGUGCAAACAACAAGAAUGCCGCUGCCAAAGUGAACGAGAAUCACGAAAAGAUACGAGCUGCAUUAAACGAUAAUAAAUGAGAUUUAAGCUUGGUAGAACAACCAAUGCAUCGUUGGAUUAUAUAAUUAAUAAUAAGUGGCGGCUGUGUAUUUAAAUAUAAUUAAUAAAUUUGUAAAAUGAUUUAAAGUAACUCUGACUUUUUAAACAUUAAAUGUGCUAUGUGCUCAAGUACAUUGACUAGCAAAUACUCCAAACAAAUAUAUGUGUAUAUAAAUAGGUUUAUAGUUUCAUGCUCACGUAUGUUAUGUACAUGAAUAAUGCUUACAGCAAAGUCGCACAGAGCUUAGUUAUAAAGUGAUAAACACCUACAGAGAUGAUCAUGAGAACGAUCAUAAAAUCGAUAAAAUAAACAUAUAUUUUCAAUAUUAAAACAAAUAUUUCAAGUUCGAAAAAUAAAAGAGAAUGCCGGUCUCUCUUUAUGUCGUUGAGCUCAUAAGAC